AUGCAUGUGGUCCAGGAAGAAUUUGAGAAGAUCCAGGAGUUUAUCGAGAAGAACGAAGCAGAAGAUAUUGGACACUUGGAAGGUGAAAACGGAUUUGACUCGACUAAUGAAGAGAACACGAUUAGAGCUGAUGGAGCAGAUGGAGCUUUCAGAGCUCCUGGUCUACAGCAGCAGCCGGCAGUGACGAGGUCCUCGGGAGCUCCUGGUCUACAGCAGCAGCCGGCAGUGACGAGGUCCUCGGGAGCCCCUGGUCUACAGCAGCAGCCGGCAGAGACGAGGUCCUCGGGAGCCCCUGGUCUACAGCAGCAGCCGGCAGAGACGAGGUCCUCGGGAGCCCCUGGUCUACAGCAGCAGCCGGCAGUGACGAGGUCCUCGGGAGCUCCUGGUCUACAGCAGCAGCCGGCAGAGACGAGGUCCUCGGGAGCCCCUGGUCUACAGCAGCAGCCGGCAGAGACGAGGUCCUCGGGAACCCCUGGUCUACAGCAGCAGCCGGCAGUGACGAGGUCCUCGGGAGCUCCUGGUCUACAGCAGCAGCCGGCAGUGACGAGGUCCUCGGGAGCCCCUGGUCUACAGCAGCAGCCGGCAGUGACGAGGUCCUCGGGAGCCCCUGGUCUACAGCAGCAGCCGGCAGUGACGAGGUCCUCGGGAGCCCCUGGUCUACAGCAGCAGCCGGCAGUGACGAGGUCCUCGGGAGCCCCUGGUCUACAGCAGCAGCCGGCAGAGACGAGGUCCUCGGGAGCUCCUGGUCUACAGCAGCAGCCGGCAGAGACGAGGUCCUCGGGAGCUCCUGGUCUACAGCAGCAGCCGGCAGAGACGAGGUCCUCGGGAGCCCCUGGUCUACAGCAGCAGCCGGCAGUGACGAGGUCCUCGGGAGCUCCUGGUCUACAGCAGCAGCCGGCAGAGACGAGGUCCUCGGGAGCUCCUGGUCUACAGCAGCAGCCGGCAGAGACGAGCAGCAGCCGGCAGAGACGAGGUCCUCGGGAGCUCCUGGUCUACAGCAGCAGCCAGCAGUGA